UUCUGGGGAACUAUAUAAGUUGGCUCCGACCGGCAGAUACCAAGCAGUUCUCGCCUAGCCUUUGCCAGCUGCAGUUAAUCGAUUGAGAUGUUCAUCAAACUCCUGCUCAUCAGUCAGCUUCUGGCGCUGAGCUAUGCCCAGUUGUCGCUCGAGGAGGCUAAAAAACAAAUCGAUGCCUCAGUGUACAGUGACGAGGAGACUGGCGAUGAUGCAAACUUGGCGGAGCCACAUAGUCCUCCAGCUUACCAGCCCCAACAUCCACCCCAGUUGCCGCCCCAUCAUCCACCCCGGUACCAGCCCCAGGAUCCGCAUAACUACGAGCCCCAUCAUGAUCCCCACAAGAAGGUGACGACCACAACGACCACUCCUCAGCCGGAAACCACCACGCCCAAGUUGGAGCAGGAAGGUGAGGGCACCGUUGCUCCCGACGAUGGUUUGUCCCAGCUGGACGAUGGCUUGCAGCAAAACAACGAUGGCUCUGCCCUGCCAGAGUCCACCACCACUCCGGAGCCGACCACCACAACCACCACCACCACGACGACUCCAAAGUCAACGACGACUCCAGAGCCAACGACGACUCCAGAGCCUACGACGACUCCCAAGCCUCAUAAGCACGAGCCACAUCCCCAUCCGUACCCCUACCCUCAGCUGUACCCCCAUCCCUAUCCGCAGCCGCAGCCGCACCCGCAUCCCUAUCCUUAUCCCUAUCCUGGACUUGUGUUCACUCCAACGGGACCUAAACCUGCACCUCCGCCGGACGCUUCGGCCACUCCCAAAGGAGACAAGGAAAAGGAAAAGGACAGCCCCGAGCUGAGUGGAUACCCCUCGUACCCGACCUUCAGAUCGCCCUACUCCCCCUACCAGCCACCUGUUUUCCACCAGCCCCAUUGGCCCAGCUUCCAGGGAUACGGUCCUAGGCCCCAAUUUGGACACCCUCACAAUCACGACGAUGAUGAAUCCGGCGAGGAUGCGCACAAGGACAAGUCCGGCGAAGACAACAAGGAAGAGGAUGAGGAUGUGGCUCUGAAACCACCAGGAUACGGCUACCCCCAAGUCUACCUCGUUCCCCGAAGACCAGUGAUCACUGUACCCAGCUAUCCGCGACCGGGUGGCGGAUACGGUUCGUCCUACGGCUAUGGGCGCUACUAAAUACUCCGUGCUAAACACUGUGAAAAAAACCUUGAGUCAAGAAAGUUAUUGUUGAAUUUAUAUUAUUUCAUUCUUGAAAUGUACUUCCUAACACAUUAUUAAAUACUCUUUAAAUUAUAA